AUGGCAGCAAUUGUCGCAUGGUAUAAUAACCAGUAUUCCACUUGGAACAGGACCCGCCGACUCCACCAGCAACCAUUCCUCGCUCGCGUCGAUACCAGGGCGUCUCGCAGGGCAACAGAGAUGGCGCAAGAAGCCGUUGUUAUUAACAUGGGCGACGUCGCAAGUCCCGAGCAUACCGACAGCCAGAAGAAGUCAGACACCCUCUUCGGCCCUAACAUCGGGAUCGUCAAUGCGGGCCCUGAGUGGGCUGACAGACACGAGAAAAGCGUUGAUGAGCUCACACCGGAGAUUGUGAAGAGCUGGAUCUCUAAGAGCAAGGAGAAUAACCUGUCCACUACUACGUUGCAAGCUCUUGUUAACCUGAAGCGUCCCACUCUCCGACUCACGCCAUUAGAGGUUGCCCCCUCGGACGACCCUAAUCACGCGGACUCCCAACACCACCAUGGCCUCGAAUUCGAGUUUGACUGUGACGCCCCCAAGUGUGGGAUCAGCGUACAGGUGCUCCUAUCUCCGAAACAUCGCCUCUCGGGGAAGUACGACGCAUCUGGGAUGUCCAAAUUCCUCGUCUUCGAAUCGGUUGUCGAUGGGGGCUUUGGCAAGACGCUCAAGCUGGAGGAAGGCGCCACGCUCGAAUUGGGCAGGUUUGAGCAUCGGCCGGAUGCUCCGACCGCCGAGAAGGACAACCCUGGGGACGCAUCAUUUGGGGCUGAUGCAGAAUCGCACCAUGUGGUGGACCCAAGUUCUGAUACAGCCACGUCUGCUUGGAAUAGGAAACGCUUCACUAACUUCAAUUUCCGGAAGCGUGAGCACGACCGAUCCGUGGCUGGUCCCGCCAUAGCCGUCCUCGAUGCCGAAGUGAACUCUCACGGAGACGAUGACAAGUCGAAGGAGUAUGACAAGGAUGAAAUUGACGUUGGUGUCAGAGUCACUAUCCGGUUAUCUGCGCUCGAUGAGGAGGGCAAGGAGCUGCCAUCGGUCAACGAGCAGGUGACGUAUCUUCAUGUAGUACGUUUCGGCAUCCCUCCGACUGUUAUCGAGGGGGUGCCCGUGGAGGACAAUAGGCCGUGGGUCGUCAAAGUUGUCAAGCGCGAAGCAACUAUUGGUCCCCACUCAUUCCACCUGCAUGAAAUUUAUGGUCUUUCGUCUAACUCCACAACGGCAUCGCAACCAGUUGCAACAACUCCCCCCACCGAUACCCACGUCUACCCACCCGCCACCGAACCAUCGGCCACUCCUCAUGAGGAUGAGCCCUCAUCGGAAUGCUUGCUCUGUCUUUCUUCUCCGCGCGAGGUGGUGCUAUUACCUUGCCGUCAUCUUGUCGCCUGCAGAGAAUGCGCAAUCAACAUGAUCGAAUUUGGCGCUGGCGGAAACAUUGUGCAUCAGGAAGACGAGACAAAUGCUACCACCGGUACGGAAGGCGCGAACGGUGAGAACGGCAAUGCAACAGAUGGAAACACUGCUGGCGUGCCCCCAGGCUCCGAGGCUGAUGCCCCGCAGCCCGUGCCCGUCAUUCCGAUAAAUCCCAGACGCAAACGUAAGGCGAAGGGCUGGUUCUGUCCAGUCUGCCGUCAGCCAUAUACGUCUUUACUCCGCAUCACCACUACUCCUCCCUCGAAGGAUGAGAAGGACGACCCCCGUGAAUCUACCGACGGGGAUGACCGUGAUGACCUGCCCCCAUCACCAUCUAUCACCGUUCCUUCUCCUACUGCUAAUGUUGGCCGUACGGGCGUGCCGUCCCGCGGCGGAUUCUUUCGCUCGUUCCGGCCAGGAGCGCUGCAGCCGGAUGUCGAACGCGUGCAGGCGCUAGGCCCCUUCGCAUAG